AUGGGGUCGAUUGGUGAUCCUCCGACUAUAACUUCUUCUUCCACUGCUUCUUCUACUGUCGAACCAUCUCAUCCACUAUAUUUGUAUCCUUCCGACUCACCCGGGACAGUAUUAGUCACCAAAUCAUUUAAUGGUACUGGAUAUGGAAGUUGGAGGAGAAGUAUGUUGAUAGGACUGUCUUGUAAGAACAAAUUGGGCAUUAUCAAUGGGACAUUUGCUAAGCCAAAUGAGAACUCUCCCCUGUAUGAACCAUGGUGUCGUUGUAAUGACAUGGUGAUUGCUUGGAUAUUGAAUAAUCUAGAAACAGAAAUUAGAGAAAGUGUAAUGUACACUGAGUCUGCUCAGAAAUUAUGGAAGGAAAUUGAGCAAAGGUAUGGAAAACCAAAUGGAACCAAGGUAUUUCAGAUUAGGAAGGAACUUGACUCUAUUUCUCAAGGAGCCUCCAUUAUUCCUUCUUAUUUCAAUCGAAUUAAGAAACUAUGGGAUGAACUAGCUUAUUCCAUAUCAUAUCCAGAGUGUACCUGCGGAUGUAAAGAGGCAUUCCAGAAGUUAGAAGAGGAACAAAAGGUACAUCAAUUUCUUAUGGGAUUGAAUGAGUCUUAUUCUGGUGCUCGAAGGGAUAUCCUGCUCAUGAAACCCUUACCUGACAUAGAUAGUGUUUAUGAAAUGCUAAUCGAGGAUGAGAGUCAAGUGGAGCUUCAACCUUCUAAUCCGACAUUUAACUCUGACUUAGCAUCUUUCUUUUCUGGUGUUCAGAAGCCCUAUCCUAUGAGAGUGAAUUUUGAGUCUUCUAAGGUGAAUUUUGAGUCUUCUAAGAAGGGGAAUACUAAUAUGGUGUGCAUAUAUUGUAAGAAGCCAGGCCAUUCAAUUGAUAAAUGUUAUAAGUUGCAAGAGUAUCCUCCCAAUCCUGGGCCUAAAUUCAAGAGGAGAGCAGCUUGUGUAGACAUGUGA